UUGGGAGGAAGCCGCCCUCCGAUUGGAUGUAAAUAGGAAGGCGGCGUCCUGCGCGCGGUUGGUACGGUCUGCGGGGACCUGGGCCCCCGCGGCCGAAGCUUGAGUUUCCCGGGCCGCGAGCGCGGGGCCCGCCGGGAAGGCACCGGGACGGUUGUCCGCUAGGCCCGCAGAGGCCGCGGCCGCGCUUCAACAUGCAGAGCACGGAGCUGGGCAACAAGGAGAGCGGCAAGAUAUGGCACCGCAAGCCGUGCCCGGCCACUCGGGACGGAAUUAUAGUGAACAUCGUUCACAGCACUUCUGAUUACCUUCCCAAAGUUUUGCGAUUUUUGAAUGUGGCUUUUGAUAGCUCAGGUGAUUGCUUAAUUGCUGGGGACCAUCAAGGAAAUAUCUACGUUUUUGACUUGAAUGGAAACAGGUUUAAUCUUGUUCAGCGAACAGCACAAGCUUGCACAGCUCUGGCCUUUAAUCUUCAUAGGAAGUCUGAAUUCCUUGUGGCAUUAGCUGAUUAUUCUAUUAAAUGUUUCGAUACAGUUACCAAGGAGCUAGUUAGCUGGAUGAGAGGACAUGAAUCGUCAGUAUUUUCGAUCUCUGUGCAUGCGUCAGGGAGAUACGCCAUCACUACUUCUUCUGAUACAGCACAGCUAUGGGACUUGGAUACCUUUCAGAGGAAAAGAAAGCUGAAUGUUCUCCAGUCUGUGGGUAUACAAAAGGUUUUCUUUCUACCAUUAAGUAAUACCAUCCUCAGCUGUUUUAAAGAUAAUUCCAUCUUUGCCUGGGAAUGUGAUACUCUUUUUUGCAAAUAUCAAUUGCCAGCUCCACCGGAAAGCUCUAGUAUAUUAUACAAAGUGUUUGCUAUGACCAGAGAUGGUCGAAUGCUGGCUGCUGGAGGCAAAUCAAACCAUCUUCAUUUGUGGUGCUUGGAAGCUAAACAGCUAUUUAGAAUUAUCCAGAUGCCUACUAAAGUUCGAGCCAUUCGCCAACUAGAAUUUCUUCCUGAUAGUUUUGAUGCUGGUUCUAAUCAGGUUCUUGGAGUGCUAAGUCAAGAUGGUAUUAUGAGGUUUGUCAAUAUACAGACUUGUAAACUUCUCUUUGAAGUUGGGAGCCUUGAUGAAGGAAUUAGCUCAUCAGCGAUUAGCCCACAUGGACGGUACAUUGCAUCUAUUAUGGAAAAUGGAAGUCUGAACAUAUAUUCAGUUCAGGCUUUAACGCAAGAAAUAAAUAAGCCACCUCCUCCUUUAGUGAAAGUGAUUGAAGAUGUGCCUAAGAGUAAAUUGAAUGCUGGUGAUCUUAAGAUGAAAGUAACAUCAGGAAGAGUACAGCGGCCGGCAAAAGCAAGGGAAAGCAAAAUACAGACUAGAAUAUUGAAACAAGACCUGACUGGUCAUUGUGAAAAUAAAGAGAAUGAGUUGGCAGAUGGAUUAAACAAAAAGCGUUUACAAAUCUUGUUAAAAGACUAUGGUGAAUAUCCAACGAAAUAUAGAAUGUUCAUUUGGCGCUCUCUGCUACAACUGCCUGAAAAUCAUACUGCAUUUAGUAACCUAAUAGAUAAGGGUAUUCAUGCGGCGUUUCUCAACCUUCAGAAGAAAUACCCCAUCAAAAGUAGGAAGCUACUCAGAAUAUUACAGAGAACCUUGUCUGCGUUGGCUCACUGGUCUGCCAUCUUUAGCGAGACACCAUAUCUUCCCCUCUUGGCAUUUCCAUUUGUAAAAUUAUUCCAGAACAACCAACUCAUCUGUUUUGAAGUUGUUGCUACUCUCAUAAUCAAUUGGUGUCAACACUGGUUUGAAUAUUUUCCUAAUCCUCCUAUCAAUAUUCUUAGUAUGAUAGAAAAUGUUUUGGCAUUUCACGACAAGAAACUGCUGCAGCACUUCAUAGAUCAUGACAUAACUUCCCAGCUAUACGCGUGGCCUCUUCUUGAAACGGUGUUCUCAGAAGUACUAACCAGAGAGGAGUGGCUGAAAUUAUUUGAUAAUGUCUUUUCUAACCAUCCUUCGUUCCUCCUGAUGACUGUUGUAGCCUACAACAUAUGUUCCAGGGCUCCUUUGCUCAACUGUAAUCUUAAAGAUGAUUUCGAGUAUUUUUUCCACCAUCGGAAUAACCUGGAUAUCAGUGUUGUAAUUCGAGAAGUUUAUCAUCUCAUGGAUACCACGCCUGCUGAUAUUCAUCCAGACCGCAUGCUUGAUGUUUUUGUGUCACUGACAAAAGGGCAAUAUCCAGUAUUUAAUCAGUAUCCAAAGUUCAUCGUGGACUAUCAGACGCAGGAACGAGAAAGAAUAAGGAGUGAUGAAUUGGAUUACCUAAGAGAGAGGCAGACGGUUGAAGACAUGCAAGUUGAAGUAGACCAACAAAGGGCUGAAGAUGAAGCUUGGUACCAAAAACAAGAACUUCUUCGUAAAGCUGAAGAAACAAGGAGAGAAAUGCUCUUGCAAGAGGAGGAGAAGAUGAUACAACAAAGACAGAAACUAGCUGCUGUGAAAAGAGAGCUGAAAGUAAAAGAAAUCCACUUACAAGACGCUGCAAGAAGGCGUUUUCUGAAGCUUCAGCAAGAUCAGCGUGAAAUGGAACUAAGAAGACUAGAUGAUGAAAUUGAGAGAAAGGUACAUAUGAGAGAUCGAGAAAUUGCUACCACAGCCGAAGACCUAGAAAUGAGACGUCUGGAACUCGAAUCACAAAAAAGACUUUAUGAGAAGAAUCUUACUAGAAAUCAAGAAGCUGUUGCAAAAGAAAUGAGAGAAGAUGCAGAUGCCUAUAGACGAAAAGUGGAUCUUGAAGAACACAUGUUUCAUAAACUGAUAGAAACAGAUCAAACUCAGAUCCGAAACACUCAGAAGUUAAUUGAAGAAAAUUUGGCAAAAGCUGAACAAGCAUGUCUAAAUACUGACUGGCGAAUUCAAGCUUUACAUAAACAAAGAAGCAGUGAUCUACAACGAAGUGAACAUUACCAGGAAAUGGCCAAACUCCUUCAGAAAAACAGAAGGAAAGAAAUAGAAGUAUUAAAUGCAAUGAGCGAGGAGGAAGCUAAAAAGUGGAAGGAAGCUGAAGAAAAAGACUUCCAUUUGAAAUCAGAAAGGAAAGCUUCUGCCCUUUCAGAUGCAUCUAGAAAGUGGUUUCUAGAGAAGGAGAUAAAUGAUGCUGUAGAACAUGCUGAGCAUCCAUGUAAUGAAGUAGUGCCCAGAUGCCAAAAUGAACAGGUCGCCUCAAGCUGUUUGCCUGGAACCUCACAAUUAAGUGACAUUUGUGAAGUGGAUUCCUCAGCACGGAUUUCUUUAAAUCAAAGAAAAAUCCAGUGGGACACCAUGGAACGGGAUCUGAUGGAGAGAGUGAGAAAUCUUCGCCAGAGACUCACCGCCCAGGCUCGACACAGGUGUCAGACGCCUCAUCUUUUGGCUACAUAGGAGGCUUGUCCCCUCGAGAUAGUCAAAGAGAGAGAACUAUUUUGCAAUCAAUGACACUGAUUUUUAGAUUAUUUAUUUUAAAUUCCUAUAGAGAUCAACCUUUUGUAUAGAAAAAUGUGUGUAUAAAAAUUAUGUGUUCUAUUUAAUUCUGAUGCUUUUUGGCUUAUAAAUGGCUCCUUGUACUUUUCACAAUAAAAAAAUGUUUGCAG